AUGGAUCCGGUCUACUACAACGAUCCUCUUGACGUACCCGUGAACUUGGACGACGAAGAGUGAGUGCAACGACCCUGACUUGGAAGACCUGGCUCCUUUGGCCAUUGCAUGGGAUCCUGCGCUCACGUCCGAACGUCCUCGACGGUGAUCUCGGACAAGAUAUCGUUUCCAUGAGCGAGCAACAAGGCUCCGACGCGACUCAACCGACCCUUCCACCUCCUUGACAGACCACUUGCACCGCCUGCAAGCGGAAGCCUAUAAGGUGCACCCUUACCCCUGUGUACGCCGGUGGAACUUUGCCCGCUACAAGAUCAAGCGCAACCAUCUUGGAUACGACCGCGCGCUCGCCGAUGGCCAUCAAGACCGAAGCGUGAUUCUGAUCGAUGCCGGGUGUUGCAGUGAGUCGUGGCCAUAUUCACUCACAAGGCUGCGACUAGGCGUCUAAUACGCUCUUCUUGCCGCUUUUUUAGUGGGUACGGAUAUCAGGAGUCUGGUGGCGGAAGGCUUUCCCGCGGAUCAACUCCUUGGCACGGACCUUGACGAUCGUGAGCUCAACCUGCCUUUCCGUUCGUACGAUUAGGCCACGGAAUCUAGGCUGAAGUGUCUGUUCAAUGUAGGAUUCCUCGCGUUGGGUUAUAAGCUUUUUAUGGACGAACCCUCGUCGCCCUCCACGCCGGCGUUUCUCGCCGGCGACCUCUUCUCGACAUCGUUCCUCGCUGCGCCGGCCGCGGAUGCCUCAACCUCGACAUCGGCCUCACCUGCUCCAGCACUCAACUCAUUGACAUCACUUACGCCACUUCUCGGUCGGGUUCGACACAUUCAUUGCGGCUCGCUGUUCCACCUCUUUGGCGAAGCAAAAUAGGCUCAACUCGCGCACAAGCUGUUCGCGCUCCUGAGCCGGACCGCAGGCUCCACAGUAUUUGGGUCCCAACUUGGCAGCAGCAUCGCCUCGCUCCGCGAUCGAUAUCGACUACCCGAAAAUACUGACCCCGAGGCGGAGGAUCAGGCGUGGUGUCACUCGCCCGAGAGUUGGAAGAAGCUGUGGGCCGACUUGUCCGAAGAAAGUGGGGUGAAGCUUCGCGUGAUGACCGCUCUGGAGGAUCGCGCCGGUAGCAAGGCGAUGCCCAUCAUCGACGACAUCCACGAGUACAAGAUCAACAUUCUUGUGUGGUGUGUGACGGUCUUGUGA